AUUACGUCUUUACGUCCUAGUCGAGGGCGGGCUUGAGAUCCAUUGGAAGGUUAGCGCCCCCUGGCUUUGUUGUGUACAUGUUGCAAACAACCUUUUUCAAACAAAUACUUGUUUCAUUAUGUGGAUUUAAAGACUAAUUACUUGGCUUGUCUCGGAACAAGCAGCAGAAAGAUGUCACUGUCGAGUGCGUAGACAUCACUAGCAUGCUAAGCUAACUAGCAUGCUAAGCUAAGAGGAGGAACCCAGGAAGGAACAUCCGAGACAAAUUAGGCGUUUAAAAGCAUCAUUGCAGGUUUCCGUAGUUUCCUGCGCGCGUCUUAGCCCCUCCCACUUUUCCCUUCACUCGCAACUCUCUCUGAUGAGGAAGAUGAGGCACAAAGGAAAACUGAGAACGAUUAUUUUCAUUUCUACUUCAGACAGUGAAGAUGGUCAGCAGCAGGAGCGCAACUCCAGGGUGGAGGCAGAGAGGCCGCAGCCCCCCCACAUUAAAAAGGAAGAAGAAGAAGAAGGUAUUAGUCAGGAGGGAGAGCCUCGUGAAGGACUGGAGGAGUUGCCAGUGAUUGGUGUCUCUGUGAAGAGUGAAAGUGAAAGUGAGGUGGAGCCUCCAAGCAGCAGCUCGGACUCUAAAAACGAGGCAACGCGUCGCCCUGACGACACACACUUUGAGUGCGACCAGUGUUACAAAACCUUUCUCGACCACAAGAAACUGAAGUCACACAUGAUCUGUCACACGGAAGAGAAACUAUUCAUGUGCUCAAUUUGUGGCACGCGAUUCUUUCGAAAGGCACACUUGACAACACACACAAGAAUACACACUGGAGAGAAACCGUUCACAUGUUCAGUGUGCGGUAAAAGCUACAAACGCAAUUACGACGUGAAAAUACACAUGAGAACGCACACCGGGGAAAAACCCUUUACUUGUUCAAUUUGCGGUCGAGGCUUCUCUCUCAAGCCCAAUUUGAAAACGCACCUCAGGCUACACACCGGAGAGAAACCUUUUUCCUGCCUGGCCUGUGGUUCAGGCUUCGCACACAACAUUCAGUUGCAAAAACACAUGAGGAAACACGCAGAAGACAAAUAAUUAGUGACCAGAGCAGAUCCGACGUGACACAGAAGACAAGCGUAUUGUAAGUUGUUUGCUAAAACGAAGAACAAGACUUCAUUUAAGAGAACACCUCGGGGGAAACUUUUGACCUGUCGAGUGUUGCAGGUUCUGCAUGAAAAGAUGAUUUAAAAAUGAGUGCAUUAAUGUGAAUUAAUCGCAUAUUUGCAUUUUGAAUCAUCACAAUAAAUGACUUGCAUGCAACAAUCCGAGUCUUUUAUAAAAUGUACAUAGUUAUUUUAUUUAAUAUAGCAAACAUGUAAAUCAGCAGAAAGGAAUAUGCCGACACCUGACCGGAAGUUGCUAUUCAAAGACAAGACUGGCACGUAGUAAGGAAAGACCACAUGAUUGUCUACAUGGUGUAUAUCAGGGGUCACCAACCUUUUUGAAAGCAAGAGCUACUUCUUGGGUAGUGAUUAAUGCGAAGGGCUACCAGUUUGAUACACACUUAAAUAAAUUGCCAGAAAUAGCCAAUUUGCUCAAUUUACCUUUAACUCUAUGUUAUUAUUCAUAAUUAAUGAUAUUUACACUUAAUUGAAUGGAUUAAAAGAGGAGAAAACACGAAAAAAAUGACAAUUAAAUUUUAAAAACAUAGUUUAUCUUCAAUUUUGACUCUUUAAAAUUCAAAAUUCAACCGAAAAAAAGAAGAGAAAAACUAGCUAAUUCGAAUCUUUUUGAAAUAAUUUAAAAAAUAAUUUAUGGAACAUCAUUAGUCAUUUUUCCUGAUUAAAAUUAAUUUUAGAAUUUUGACGACAUGUUUUAAAUAGGUUAAAAUCCAAUCUACAUUUUGUUGGAAUAUACAACAAAUUGGACCAAGCUAUAUUUCUAACAAAGACAAAUCAUUAUUUCUUCUAGAUUUUCCAGAACAAAAAUUUUAAAAGAAAUUCAAAAGACUUUGAAAUAAGAUUUAAAUUUGCCCCCACAGAUUUUCUAGAUUUGCCAGAAUUUUUUUUAAAAAUUUUAAUAAUAAUAAGUUUGAAGAAAUAUUUCACAAAUAUUCUUCGUCGAAAAAACAGAAGCUAAAAUGAAGAAUUAAAUUAAAAUGUAUUUAUUAUUCUUUACAAUAGAAACAAUUAAUUUACUUGAACAUUGAUUUAAAUUGUCAGGAAAGAAGAGGAAGGAAUUUAAAAGGUAAAAAGCUUAAGCUUUGCUUCUUCCUACUCCUUUUCGGGCAUGAUGUAAAAGGAAAUGAUAUGAAAUUGUGUGACGUAUUAAGAUGUAAGUGUGUUCAUGUUCCAAAUAAACUAAAGAAAGAAAGAAAAAGAAAAGAAAAAGGUAUAUGUGUUUAAAAAUUCUAAAAUCAUUUUUAAGGUUGUAUUUUUUCUCUAAAAUUGUCUUUCUGAAAGUUAUAAGAAUCAAAGUAAAAAAAAUUAUGAAUUUAUUUAAACAAGUGAAGACCAAGUCUUUAAAAUAUUUCCUUGGAUUUUCAAAUUCUAUUUGAGUUUUGUCUCUCUUAGAAUUAAAAAUGUCGGGCAAAGCGAGACCAGCUUGCUAGUAAAUAAAUACAAUUUUAAAAAUAGAGGCAGCUCACUGGUAAGUGCUGCUAUUUGAGCUAUUUUUAGAACAGGCCAGCGGGCUACUCAUCUGGUCCUUACGGGCUACCUUUAUAUACACACAGUUGGUGACCCCUGGUGUAUAUAAAUGCAGGAUACAACACCAGUCUGGUUCCUUCCUACAUCUUUAAAUAGCAACGUGUUCCUGCUGACUGGAGUUCCAUGAAAUAGGACAUUUCAAUAAAACCGAUUGUUAGGUCUAAAUAUUGCUCUUCAACACUGGUUCAAAAAACAUGUUUUUUAAUUCAAUGUUUUAUAUUUCAAAAUAAAAUGUUUUUUUUAUAUUGAAUGUAUGCAAAGUCAUGUAAAGAUACAACAAGGAGGUCUUUGCUUGCAUGGACCUGAACUAAGAAAUGUGCGCUCAAUCCAGUUAGUGUAAAUAACGAGGAUGUCAUUCUGCCAAUAACUCUCAGUCUUGGGUAAUAAUUCCAUUCCCAAUUGAUUAUGCAUGGAAGUAUUAUUGUAGCAAAACUAUCAACACAUUCUUAACUCAAUCUGUGUGUCUGUAAUCUGAUUUACGAGUCUGUCUUCUAACUUGUGUGUCUGUAUCUCAAUCUGUGUGUCUGUAAUCUGAUUUACGAGUCUGUCUACUAACUUGUGUGUCUGUAUGUCAAUCUGUGUGGAAUAAGAUUCACGUGUGCAUGUUAAAACUUGAAAAAAAAUCUGUAUUUCGAUCUGUAUGUGUGUAAAAAAACUUUUCACCUUUCCUUAUAUUCACCACUAGUCGGUCACACAACACGCAGUCACACUAAUCUAAAUACAGUCACACACUUUUUUACGGACGGACAAAACACACGCACACACACACACACACACACACACGUAGAUCUGAUUACACACAGACUGAGAUAUGCAUGUCCAAAUAGUUUUGCUAAAAUAAUUCGUCUUCUUCCGCUUAUCCGAGAUGGGGUGGCGGGGGUUCUUUGCCUAAGCAAAGAACCAACAUGAAUAAUGCCAUAAAGAUUGUGAUUAAUUGCAUGAUUUAACAUGUUAAAAUACACAAAAGCUGGGGGGGGAAACCUUGUUCCUGUUCAAUAUGCCAGAGGGAGUGUGUAGUUGUAACACACGCUGUGAAAGUGUGUAGUUGUAACACACACUGUGGGAGUUUGUAGUUGUCGUGUGUGUGUGUGUGAGAUGCAAGAUUACAGCUGAAUAAAGAAAAUAAAAGAAGCUCCGGGACUUGCAAUAAAUUGUGAUGGGUUUUGAUUUUCUAA